AUGAUACUUUCGACCUUUUCAAAAUUUCCGUCACUACAACGAUGACGUCAUGUGCUAGUCUAUCGAAUGGUGUGACUGCUGAUCAAGUGUGUGAUAGUGAGCGAUCACGCAUGGUUACCGCAUCCAGCCUGACCUCAGCAUGCAAGUGAGUACUAGUUUCAAGCACGGCCGUGGAGGAGAAAAUGGCCUUCGAGUUAAUUUUUCGGGGCCCUGCCGGCUCGAAGACCCCCAAAUGAGGAAAUUGAUUUGAUUCAAAUAUUUUAUUUUUUUUUGAAAUUUCGUUUGGGGGUAGGUGGGGGAUACUAUUAGGUUUCCCGCGGGGCCCAAAACUCCCCUGCACGGCCCUGAUUUUCUGCUUAAAGCAGCGUUUAGGCCCAUAUAAAAUCAUGAUCUGUCAGUCUACAAAACUCCGGUUACAUUUGGGUUAUACGAGAAUGCGUUUUAGUUUACUCCAACGCAGAAGAAUCAUCCAUACCGUACCAUACAAACGCGACGAACUCCGUUUAAAAAAAUAACAAUAAACGGUAAAAUAUUUGUUCACAGGUUUCUGGUUCCGUAUACCACUUGCAUGAACAGUCAUUGCACAGCCAGAGAAGAUCUGAAAGGAGCACUGGGGGAUUUAAAAAACAAUUGUGGUAAAGAUUAUUGACGCAUAUAUUUCUACUCAAAUGAUUCUCGGAGUGUGAUAAAGAUUAUUUAAGCAUAUAUUUCUACUCGAAUUCAUCUCGGAUUGUGAUAAAGAUUAUUUAAGCAAAUAUUUCUACUCAAAUGACUCUUGGAGUUUGAUAAAGAUUAUUUAUGCAUAUAUUUCUACUCAAAUUCUUCUCGGAUUGUGCUAAAGAUUAUUUAUGCAUAUAUUUCUACUCCAAUUCUUCUCGGAUUGUGCUAAAGAUUAUUUACGCAUAUAUUUCUACUCAAAUGAUUCUUGGAGUGUGGUAUAGAUUUUUUUUAAGCAUAUCUUUCUACUCAAACGAUUCGCGGAGUGUGGUAAAGAUUAUGUAAGCAUAUCAUUCUACUCAAAUGAUUCUAGGAGUGUGGUAAAGAUUAUGUAAGCAUAUCAUUCUACUCAAAUGAUUCUAGGAGUGUGGUAAAGAUUAUGUAAGCAUAUCAUUCUACUCAAAUGAUUCUAGGAGUGUGGUAAAGAUUAUGUAAGCAUAUCAUUCUACUCAGAUGAUUCUAGGAGUGUGGUAAAGAUUAUGUAAGCAUAUCAUUCUACUCAAACGAUUCGCGGAGUGUGGUAAAGAUUAUGUAAGCAUUUCAUUCUACUCAAAUGAUUCUAGGAGUGUGGUAAAGAUUAUGUAAGCAUAUCAUUCUACUCAAAUGAUUCUAGGAGUGUGGUAAAGAUUAUGUAAGCAUAUCAUUCUACUCAAACGAUUCGCGGAGUGUGGUAAAGAUUAUGUAAGCAUAUCAUUCUACUCAAAUGAUUCUAGGAGUGUGGUAAAGAUUUUUAUAGUGCAAACCCUCACCUCCAGGGGUAUCCAAUUGGUGGUAGAGAUUAUUAUAUUAAAUAUUUACAUCGAAGGUAUUCUCAAUUGUUGUUUAAGGAUGUUAUAGUCUUAAACCUAAACUCCAGGAAUUGUAAGACUUUGAAAUAGAAUUUUUUUUAAUGAACCUUGUCUUUAUUAUUAUUAUUAUUAUAAAACCGAUGUACCUCAACUCAACAUUAAAUCGCUACAUUUAUGUCGUUCUUGUACAACCAAUCUCGAAAACUUUCUUACAAAUCAACAUUGGUUAUAUACAUUAUACGAUCAUUGCGGUUUAGGACAUGUUGUUAUUUUAAGAAGAAUGUCUAUGAUUAUGUAACAAUUUUGGGCGUCAGAUUAAUUACAUGAAAACUAUAACAAUUUAUAACGCGGUGAAAAUUUUAACUAAAGUAACCAAUUUGACAUCAUAAAAACGCAUAACAUAAUAACGUAAUGAAUUUAUAACUAAAUAUAUAGAACAUAAUAACUUAAAAAACUAAUAACUAAAAAAUAGUAACGUAACAAAAUUAAAACAUAAAAUUAAGUUAUAACAUAAUUACGUAACAAAUUUUAAAUAGAAAUUUAUAACAUAAUAACUUAACAAGUUUAUAGCGAAAAAAAAGUACAGCAUUAAAAUGAUAAUAUAUAACAUAAGUACAAAAGAAUCUUACGAGAUGUAGGAACAAAAAUCUCGAGAAUUAAGUGUGUGCUUGGUUUUUCGUUCACCAUGCUUUGUUAGCAAACCUUUUAAAACUACGUACUAUCUAAAAGCAGUCGCAUUAAAACUAAAGGUUACGAAAAAUAAUGUUUCUCUGCACAGCAAUUACGUGUUGAUACUUAUUCCCUCGUGUCUUUUCCUUUACAACUUGUAGACGGAAUGAGUCCAGUUGGAACAUCCUCAAACCCGCCUACAACGACAGGUAUGUAGCGUUUCUAUAGUUUGUGUAAUGUAUACGUGAUUGCUCUUCUUUAACGGAAAAGUGGGGGCCCGGGGUCCCUCCCCCCCAAACCCACCAAAAAAAAAAAAAAAAAAUUUUUUUUAAUUGGUGUUUUUCUUAAUCUGACAUUAAGUCAAGGCCCUGUGGAAACAAAAGAAAAUGUUGACCUUACAUCGGUUUCAUCAGGAAAGUCUGAUGAGUAGGUUUCACUAUAGUCCCUUAAUAUCUGGUUGUGUUGUUACGAUCACCGGAGAAGAGAAGAAAAGCAACGUUUUUGUAAGCUGAUUGAGUUUUUGUGACGACAUGGGAUCUAAAUAUACCUUCAAAGAGCUGUUGGAAGAAAAUCGUGCUGUAAAAACUGUAAUGUAAAAUCGGGAUGAAAGAUCCCACACACCACCACAUAGAUCACCCAAGAUCAUCGCCUCAUUCAAAUACAGUGAGGACAAAAAUGUAUAAAAAUCGAUUGCUCCGUAGACUGCCAGAAAGUACCAGCGUGCUCCCCGAGCGGAUACCAAAUCGAAAUGAUCACCAAUUACGUUAAAUGUAUUAUUAUUAUCUCUAAAGGAGUUAGUUUUUAUUUCACAGAAUUGAUGAUUUUUUUUAUGCUAGAGAAAUUAUUUAGAUGUGUUCUGUUUAAAUUGUGUAUUUUUUUAUUUUUUUUUAAAUGUCUGAGUUGAAUAUUCACAUAUUUAUGUGCUGAAACUGAAUAUGUGCAAAGUAAUCAAAUCAUAUCUCCAUUCAGAAAAGAUAAAUUUUUCUUAUCUUAUUUAAUCACUCUUAAUAUCGUUUAAUACUGCCUACUCAUUGGAGAACAAAUAGAGGUUAACCAUUAAAUUUUAAGUCAAUCAUAGGGCGACUUAUUUAGAACUUAAUUAAGCUAUAAAUAAGAUGUCGUACACAUUAUUAUUUUUAAGGAAUUAGGUGCCGAUGUUUCAAUGUUCGAUGCAUUUGAGGUUAGACCAUAACUGGACACUGACCUCACAGAAAUAAUUGCAAUAGUAACAAGUAAAACGGAAUGUUAGUUCUGAAUAAUUAAAUGAUAGUUUUUAAGCGGUAAAUUUAUAUAUUAACGUUAUUGUUAAAAGGCAUACCUUACUAUCGACGAGAUCGUACGCGAAUUGUCAAGAUGGGAGGGGGGGAGGGGGCAUUGUUUCUGAACGCUAAUUUCAAUAAUGUAUAUAUAUAUAUAUAUAUAUUUAUAUAUAUAUAUAUAUUAUAAAAUAAUAAUAAUAAUAAUAAUAAAGUUUAUUUGAAAAACAUGCUUCAUCCCGGAAGCGCGGUACAAAGUCAACCAUAUUAAAAGGAGAAAUAAAAACAAUCUAAAAUUUACCACAUUUAAAAACAGACGCAGCAUUAUAAAGCUACAUACGAGCAUACCCAGUCAAAGUCUUUCAUCCCGUUUCAACCAUAAGCAACACAAGCCAAUAGACAUUAACUGAAUAUACAUAUUUAUCACAUCGUACAACCGAAGUAAUCUCAUUUUAAAAGCGUUGUGCAAUGGAUACAAUUAGAAAGUCACGUUGCUACAGAUGUAGAUUUUAUCAAGUGAAAACGUUAUUUGUUAGUUGGUGGGAUGUGCUGCAGUCCAUUCCAGACCAAGGCUAAAGCGCCCCCAAUGAUCGCAUCACCCAUGAGUGUUUCUCAGUCACACGAUUGGGUUUUGAAGAAUCUGAAUGAACUUUGAACUCAUUCAAUUUCCGUCAGUUACGGUUUCAGUUUUUAAAAUCUACAAAUUGGCGGCAAGCAUACGUCAAUUUAAUCGUCUGUUAAGAGUUACAAUGCGUUAAAGUUUCUUCUUAUCGUCAAAUUCCUUUUAAUUAUCUAUAACAUUGUGUAUGUGUGUAAGAAUAUGCCAAUUUUUUUUUCGUGUUUUCAUGUAUUUGGCGUUAAAUUAAACUGAUCCAACAUAAAUGAGUUGUUAUUGUUGUUGUUGUUUGUUGUUGUUUUCAAAACAACGAUUCCAGGGUUUAUUGUUCUUGUAUCAUUUCACUUUCAGUUGAAAUGAACUCUAACGAAACAACAGGGGGUGUAACUACCGCUCCUGGGGCAGGUAUGUUAUAGCAAUAGCUCAUCAUUGUCACUGCAUGUUCAGGUAUGUUAUAGCAAUAGCUCAUCAUUGUCACUGCAUGUUCAGGUAUGUUAUAGCAAUAGCUCAUCAUUGUCACUGCAUGUUCAGGUAUGUUAUAGCAAUAGCUCAUCAUUGUCACUGCAUGUUCAGGUAUGUUAUAGCAAUAGCUCAUCAUUGUCACUGCAUGUUCAGGUAUGUUAUAGCAAUAGCUCAUCAUUGUCACUGCAUGUUCAGGUAUGUUAUAGCAAUAGCUCAUCAUUGUCACUGCAUGUUCAGGUAUGUUAUAGCAAUAGCUCAUCAUUGUCACUGCAUGUUCAGGUAUGUUAUAGCAAUAGCUCAUCAUUGUCACUGCAUGUUCAGGUAUGUUAUAGCAAUAGCUCAUCAUUGUCACUGCAUGUUCAGGUAUGUUUAGCCAUAGCUCAUCAUUGUCACUGCAUGUUCAGGUAUGUUAUAGCCAUAGCUCAUCAUUGUCACUGCAUGUUUGAGUUUAAACCACUUAGAUUUGAUAUUAUGAAUUAUAUUUUUUUCCUGGAUCUUCUUCCUUAGAAUUUAUAUUUAGGCGGCCUCCCCCCUCCCAACCCUUACCCACCCUAAACAAACAACAACAAAAAUUCUAAGAUUAUUAUUAUCAAUCACCUGCAUUGAAAAUCUCCCGUAAAUGACAAAGAAGGCUUUUGGUCGAUACUUUGGUAGUUUUUGUAUGUACCUUCCUCAAACAUUCCACAUAUCGUCUUAUUUUUUUGCAUAUUUCCCUACAUACAACGUAGGCUUAGUCCCUUCAACAGUUUUUUUUUAAAUGAAGUUUUAUCCAAGAAGAAUAGCAUUUCCACUUCCAUUUAGGUCAAGAUGGUGUCAACCUUAUUAUUUAAUUGAAAUACACUGUGAUUUUUCAUUUUUUCCCUGAUAUUGAUUUGUUAGGUGUGUUCACCUUAUUCUUAAAAUAAUAAUUAUAGAGAAAAGAAAAGGAAGAGAGAAUACGGAUGUGAUCAACUGUAUCUUAUUUACUAAUGACUGUGUUUUGGAUUGAAAAUGCUAUUGUAUUGUUUCUUCGCAGGCGUUAGCUUGACACAAUCACUGGCCAUUAGAUCCUUGACGUUGGUCAGUUUUUGUACAAGUUUGGCUCUCGUCCUCAAAUAGAGAAAGUUACUUCGGAAAGUGGAACAUUCGCUGCGAUUGUUAAAAAUUCUGUUGUUGUUUUUUUAAUCUCUUUUUUUUUUUGGUACAUAUAACCAUUGAAUGGAAUCAUUCUGAUGCGAAUACAAUUUAAAAUGUACUUAACUUAAUUGAAUAGCAUGCGUUCAUCAAUAUUGUAAAAUAUAAAAAUUGAAAAGAUUUAUUGAUGUAUUUGGAAUGUUGUGUUUAGAUGUAGGCAAUUCAACAUUAAACUUUUACAUUCAUGUGCAUUGUAUUGGCAACCUCGUACAACUUUAAAGAUAAUCAGUCACUGUAAAAAAAAAAAUGUAUAAUAAUUUUGAGUAGCAAUUUCAAUGAUGAGAUCAUAUAUUUUAAACCAAUCUUUUAAAAAAGAAUACAUCUAAAAUAUCGUGGAUUUAAUCCCGUGUCUUUCAUUCCUUUCGUAAGAGUACAGUUUAUUUACAAUUUUACUUGUGCUGUAGAAUAAUGGGGCGACAUAGCUGUAGAAUAAUGGGGCGACAUAGCUGUAGAAUAAUGGGGCGACAUAGCUG